AUGGAAAAAGAUUUCUCCUUGGUGCGGAAGGAAGAAGAUGAAGAAGAAGACAACAAGAACGAAAUGUCUUCGGAAGAGACGUGUUAUUUGUCAUCGGAGAUGAUAGAGAAAGUGAGCUCCAUGGCAGCUCCAAUGGUGGCAGUUUCGGUUUCUCAGUACCUUCUUCAAGUCAUCUCCAUGAUCAUGGCUGGUCAUGUAGACGAGCUCUCACUCUCAGCCGUCGCAAUCGCCACUUCCCUCACCAACGUAACCGGCUUUAGCCUCCUCUUUGGUUUGGCAGGUGCGUUAGAGACACUCUGUGGUCAAGCUUUUGGAGCAGAACAGUUUCGAUUAAUCGGUGCAUACACUUACAGCUCAAUGCUUUGUCUUCUCUUCUUCUGUUUCCCAAUCUCACUCUUGUGGGUUUAUAUGGACAAACUCUUAGAGCUUUUCCAUCAAGAUCCUUUAAUCUCUCAGUUAGCUUGCAGAUACUCAAUCUGGCUCAUACCGGCUUUAUUCGGAUACUCUCUUCUUCAGUCAAUGACUCGCUAUUUCCUGUCACAAGCAUUGGUUCUUCCGCUUUUCUUGAGCUCUCUUGGUGCUCUCUCUUUUCACAUUCCUUUUUGUUGGCUUCUUGUCUACAAACUGAGAUUUGGAAUCGUCGGCGCGGCUUUGUCCAUUGGUGUUUCGUAUUGGCUCAACGUGUUUUUGCUUUGGAUCUUUAUGAGAGACUCUUCUCUGCGUCAUGAAAUGAAGAAUCUUGGUUGGCAAGAAAUCUUCUCGAGUAUGAAGCAGUUCAUUGCCCUAGCGAUCCCUUCUGCAAUGAUGACUUGCUUGGAAUGGUGGUCGUUUGAGUUUCUACUACUAUUGUCUGGACUCUUACCAAACUCAAAGCUCGAAACAUCGGUUAUAUCCAUUUGCCUCACAAUGUCGGCUAUUCAUUACGAUCUGGUGAAUGCAAUAGGAGCAGCUGCAAGCACAUAUGUCUCAAACGAGCUAGGAGCUGGAAAUCCAAGGGCAGCUCGAGCCGCGGCUAAUUCUGCUAUUUUCUUGGGUGGUGUUGAUGCAACCAUAGCAACCAUCUCUCUUUACAGUUACCGAAGAAGUUGGGGUUACAUAUUCAGCAGCGAGAGAGAAGUUGCUGACUAUGCAACGCAAAUCACACCCAUCGUCUGCUUAUCCAUUUUCAUCAACAGCUUUCUUGGUGUGCUCUCAGGGGUUGCGAGAGGAGCAGGGUGGCAACAUAUAGGAGGUUAUGCAAGCAUAGGAUCAUAUUAUCUGGUCGGCAUCCCAUUGGGUUCGAUGUUGUGUUUUGUAGUGAAACUGAGAGGAAAAGGACUUUGGAUCGGUAUAGUGAUAGCCUCCACUCUCCAACUCCUUGUUUUUGCUCUUGUCACUUUCUUCACCAAUUGGGAACAAGAGGCAACCAAAGUCAGGGACAGAGUAUUCGAAAUGACACCCCAACAUAAAGAUAACCAAGAAACAGAAAAUAUAUUUAAAGAGGAAGAUGCACAAGUUUUACUAAAAGAUAUUUCAGAAGCUGUGUAA